GUAGUCUAAACCAUAGCCUUCGUUGCUCAAUGCAAAAUGGGGAGGGGAAGAGAGAGAGAGAAAGAGAGAGAGAGAGAAAAAAACUAGGGCGCUGUUAUCUGGCCUUUUUUCAAACUAGAGUCGGAGAUUUCCGGAGAGCAAGCUGGAGUGAGGAGACGUUGGGUGAGCUCUGGUCAUUGAGUAGAAUACUCAAGCUGCAAAGCCUCAACAUCCAGGAACUUCAGGGUUGCAAGCGAAAUAACUCACACUGACCAUGCUUGAGAACAAGAAGGCAAAGGUGAGAUUCACCUUCUUUGUCAUCCUGGUGGGUAUCUCAGCCAUGUUCACCGCUGUGGUGACAGAUCACUGGGCGGUGCUGAGCCCGCGAGUCGAGCAGCUCAACGACACCUGCGAGGCGGCCCACUUUGGCCUUUGGAGGCUCUGCAAGAAGACCAUCUAUAUUGAGGAGGAGGAGGCCGUGGGCAAGGGCUGUGGCCCCAUCAGCUUGCCUGGAGAACGGAACUGUUCAUACUUCAAACAUUUCAAUCCUGGGGAAGAUGCGGAGGUUUUUGAAGUUAAAACUCAGAAAGAGUACAACAUCUCAGCUGCAGCCAUUGCCAUCUUCAGCUUGGUGUUCAUGAUCUUGGGCACGCUCUGUCUCCUGUGUGCCUUUGGGAAAGGCAAAGACUACCUGCUGAAACCUGCUGGCAUGUUCUUCACCUUUGCAGGUGUUUGUGUAAUCAUCUCGGUGGAAGUGAUGCGGCAAUCCGUGAAAAGGAUGAUUGAAAGUGAGGACACCAUCUGGAUUGAGUAUUAUUACUCGUGGUCCUUUGCCUGCGCCUGUGCGGCCUUCGUCCUGCUAUUCCUCAGCGGAAUAGCCCUGCUUGUCAUCUCCAUGCCUCAAAUACCACGUAACCCCUGGGAAACCUGCAUGGACGCAGAACCGGAGACCGCCGAGUAAAGACCUCAAGGCGGACAAACGAGGCACUUGUGUCGUCAAGUCAGGCUAUUUAAGACAGGAUUUCUGAAAGUGCGAGUAAAGAUUUUCAGAAGUAUGAUUUGUCAAAAUAUAUAUUUUCGACGACUUUGUACUUUAAACCACCAACUGAAGCUUAUAGUUUGAAGCGAUCAAGUUCAAUUUCGGUGUUUCCUUUUUUAAAUAUAUAAGCAGUUUUUAUGCUUGAAGAGUGCUUUGCUCUGUUGCAGUACAAUUGAACAUUUUAAUAUUUUAUAUUUCAUGGCAGAACUAAUGAGGAAUUUUUGAAGUAAACAGAAAGUAAAGCUAUGUUAGUAUAAAAAGAAAACUGUUAGAAGUUGAUGUGAUAAUCAAAAACAUACUAAAGUCACGGGCCCUGUUAUUAGGCUGUGUAACAAUUAAAUCUUUUUUUCCCCUUUACAUACAACUGGAAAAUACCCAGAAUUAUUUCCAUUGCUUAGAGCACUGGAUGAAAUUAUUUUUGAAUAUAUAGUUAAAAGAAAUCCUUUAAUUAAGCAUAAAUACACUUUGAUACCACAGGCUUUUGGGAGCGAAGACAGCAAAAGGCUGUUUUUACUCGUGCGCCUGAAAUCAGUGCGCAGAAUGUUAAUGGCCAAUUGCCCCGUCUCUCUGAAAAGCUCAAUGCUGGACCGCAUUCAGGGAGCGCAGGUGUGCACGGAAAUGAAGGGAAACUCAGGCGGGAUCUAAGUUUAUUUUUACAGUAAACAAGCAGAUCUUGUUAGACAGGUUAGAGAUCCCUGUGUAGUUGUUGAUGAAAUUUCGUACUUUAUCUAAACGAGUGCACCAUUUUCGUAUUUGUAGACUGUCCACGAUUUACAACACGUCACCUUAAAACAACUCACACAUGCAAAGUUUCUCUUUUUUUUUUUUUAAAUUAAGGAAAUAUAUGCAAAAAUAGGUUAUACGAUCCGCAGCCUUGUGCCACCUAGUGCAUAUUGCUGGCCAUAUUAUAGAUGCUACUAGAAGGUACUGUACUGUAUGGCAGUGUGACCAUCCCAGCCUCACAUGCAUCCCCAGGUCUCAUUCGCACACCUAAAAGUCAGUGCGAUUGGCCUAUUCCGGCAUACGUACAACCACUGCGACUGAACAGAGGCCAGCCAAAAGUCAGGGACAGACUAUAUCAGGCAGUUUCUGUCGGGGGACAUAUUAAGGGUUGCGACUGAUGGGGCCGACCUGCCUGACAGGCAGCAUAGGCGAUCGCCUAGGGCACCAUUUGAUUAGGGGGUGAAAAAGAGCAAGCGGGGGAAAAAAAAAUCAUAAUACAUGAUAUGAGUUAUUUACACUAGUUUUAAUAUUUAACUUUUGUUGUGAAACAGACGCCAGCUAGCCAGUUAGCAGCCAGAUACCGUGUGCUACCAAAAUGUUUUUAAUAUAAAUGAAUUGACAAAAUUCGUUUCCUGCUGCUGGGGGGGGGGGGGGGGGGGGGGUUGAGCAGAAUCUAGCCUGGGGUGCCAAACCACCCAGAGCCGGCCCUAGGGACUAACCUGGCAAAGUGCUUAAAUUCACUGCACUGAAAACCAUACACGAAGCUUAGGAUUUUUCUUUUUUUUUGUGCUGUUUGAAAUUUCAUAACGCCCAUUUUAUGGUUUUCGUUUUGAAGAAAAACAUGUUCAAUUUGUUCCAGAAAACAACACAAACAGUAGCCAUCAUACCUCGUUUUUUUCUUGUAAAACAAGUACUGUAAAAUUCAGUAGUAGCCUGUUUUUUUAUACUCAAAGUUAAAUACUGUUAUGAGGUUUUAACUUUCAAUAGGCCUGUAUCAUAUGAAUUUGAAGUAUGAAACUGACAGGAAAUGUCGUACGGGUUUGAUCAGAGAUAACAGAGGUGCACAUUGUCUCUUUUUUUAUGGUGUUUCUAGUAUGAUGUAAUCCUUUGGCAAACGGAUUUUAAAUAAAAAUAAAUAUAUAAAUAAACUUGAACUGGUUUGA